UGAAUACAAACGUCUCUCAUCUCGCUCGCUGCACUCACUACACUCUCACUGUGACUCUCUCUCUCUCUCUCCCUCGCUCUCGCUCCGAGCUCAAAUGGAUCAUCGCCUGGCGGCCCUUUCGAUGGUUCUCACCCUGCUCUCGUCCUACACUUGGACCGGCGGCGGCGCCAUCCCCCGGUCCCUGUCGCCGACCGCCUCCCUGGUCGACUCGCACGGCUCCACCCUCGACCCCCGCCAGCUCACGGCGCUCCAGACCAUGGGGUUCUCCUCCGCCGGCGACCCUUGCACCGCCCCCUCUCCCCGCGACAACGCCACCGCCUGCGACGACGACGCUCCCUUCCGCCACCUCGUCUCCCUCCGCCUCGCCAACUGCUCCCCGGACCUCGACCUCCCCACCACCGCCCUCAGGGCCCUGUCUACCCUUCGCUCCCUCGCUUUCUUCCGCUGCCCCAUCGCCGCCCCGAGGCGCCUCCCGGGCCCCCUCGUUGCCUCUCUCCGCUCUUUCUCCUGCACCGCCUCCCUCCGUCGCCUUACCGGCGUGUGGCUCUCCCGCAUCCAGAACCUCACCGACCUCUCCGUCAUCGGCGUCCCAGUCGUCGCCAGCGGCCCCGCCGUGGUCCUCUCCCAGAUGCGUCACCUCCGCUCCGCCACCAUCUCUGCUGCCAACCUCUCCGGCCUCGUCCCCCACCACUGGCACGCCUUCAACCUCGUCCACCUCAACCUCUCCUGCAACCGCCUCAAGGGCCCAGUCCCGAGCUCCAUCUCCGUUCUCGGCUUCCUCCAGACCCUCGAUCUCAGCUCCAACGCGCUCACAGGAACCCUCCCCGACUCCAUCGGCGACCUCGCUGCUCUCAAAAACGUAUCUUUCGCGCACAACUCGAUCUCCGGGCCCAUCCCCGACUCCAUGUCUCAGCUCUCGGCGCUCGUCCACCUCGAUCUUAGCUCGAAUCAGUUCAACGGAAGCAUCCCAAAGUUCCUAUCUGGGAUGAAGGGAUUGAAGUUCCUAAAUCUGGAGAACAACAACUUCCAAGGAGUGCUCCCCUUCAACGCGUCCUUCCUGAAGAGACUCGAGGUCUUCAAGGUGGGCGGCAACAGCAACCUCUGCUACAACCACACUGUGCUCUCUUCCAAGCUCAAGCUGGGGAUCGCCCCCUGCGACAAGUACGGUCUACCAGCGUCGCCGCCCCCGGACCGCUCCACUCGGGCGGACUCGUCGGACUACUCCGACGACGUCAGCGACGACGGGAGCGGGGAUAGAGGGAGCGGCGGCGGGGACCACCACGGGCCGAGCAAGCUGGUGCUCGGAGUGGCCAUCGGGCUGUCCUGCUUUGUCUUCCUGGUCAUCUUCCUGGUUUGCCUCUCCAAGCUGUGCGGCUGAAGCAGAAGUUCGAUCUCAGCAGCAAAAAAUUCCACCUUUAUCUAUCUACUACUCAGCAUUAUUCUCCUCAGAGGUUCGAUCAGCUGGAGCACAUGUUGACACAGCGACCCACAACCAACCAUCUCUCUCUCUCUCUCCCCCAUACAUCUCCUUCCUGUUUGCAGAUAAAACCGAUGCUGGUUACUCUUGGAAUGUUGGUUGAGCAAUGCUAUUUUGAGUCGACGAGAGGGAUAGAGCUUUAAUCACAGUGUCUUCUUCUCCCACCUGUCCUUUUUAUUAGCUCUAUAGGCACUGUAGACAUCCUGCUGUCCUCUUAUAGCGUUCAUUACUCGUCACUCUACUUU